UCCAUCGCCCGUCGUCGUCGCUGCAUGCAGCUGCUCUCUCCGCGAGCUCUCUUUUUUCUCUCCGUGCGUGCAAGCAAGCAAGCGGAGAGGCGGCGGAGCGAGCAGACGUGACCCUGAGACCUGACCUGACCUGACCGACUGACCGACCCUGAGUAUCCAUCCGCGCGCCCUUUGCGCCUCCCGCUCCCAUCCGCACCCUAAUCAUCUCCUCCCAGCGUCGUGAGGACAAAGAGGCAACUUUGCCACGACUCAAACACAGCCACCCCACAUACGAUGUACGCCAGCGCCAGCGUUAUGACCACUUUGUCCUUCUUGCCAUUCAUACACGUCGAGGCGACGAGAUGAUCUACUCGAACUCGUUGAUUCCCUCCUCCUCAUCCUCGAACAACGACACUAUGGACGUCGACAUGUCCUCUCCACCGCGGACUCCAACCAAUCAACCCUCCUCUCUGCCCUUUGCUAGUACGGGAGGGGUGCCCUGGGCCCCACGCAGACCAUCGAGGCGGAUGGACGCAUGGGUGCAAAGGGGCGGACGUAGCCCGUGCCCUGUUGCGAGGGAGAGUAGCGACUCAAGUGAUGAGGAUGGAGAUGUGGAGAUGGAGACGCCUGCCAGGAGGCUAUUCGUCGAUGCGGACGCUCACGCGCAGGGGUCGAAGUCAAGUGGUGGGCUGGAGCAAGACGCGGACGACGUAUUUGGCAGCAGGCCAGCGAGGGACGACGAAGAAUCGUCAUCUUGGCCAAGGCAAGGAGCUCAACGACGUGCACCGCGACCAGCUUGCCUCUUCUCAUCGCCGUCGGAGGAUCGACACUCAGGCGCGCACCGACUCGCUCCUGCACCAUUGAGCGUCAAUACCGCAAGCUCAAGGGGCAAGGCAUCACCAUCACCACGUCGGCGGCCGAGUCCCCCUACGUCUGCAAGAGCAACAGCAGCAGCAUCCUCGUCGCUGCUCGAUCGUCGGGAGCGCAAGAGGAGCGGCGAGGUCAACCUGAACCGACCGCACAGUUCUUCUUCUUCGAGGGGUCAAAUCACCUCGCACUUCUCUCCCAUCGGCAAGCCCAUGCGCGAGUCCAAGCCUAAGCCCAAAUCAUCCGCAGACACACGACGGCAGCCGCCAGCCCUCACGCCCCUCCUUCUCCCCUCCUGGUCAGCAGCAACCGCCGUCCCCGAGAGACUGCCAGGCAGCGCCGAGCUGACUCGCACCGCCUCGGAAGGCGCAAGACCUUGUAAUUCGGCCAGCUCCUCGCCUCUGCGUCAGUCCUUUCGCAAUUUGGAGGGAUGCGCGUACCAAACGAGAAGGGCUACUGUGGCUUUUGUGUAGGUGUGGAGGGAUGAUGAGAAGCGGCAGAGAGGGAGGGGCGAAGCUUUCUCUUGAUGACAGACGUUGUAUGGUUGAUGCUCCUCGUGCUUGCUUGCUUCUGCUACUGGUGCUCUCCUCGCUGGUCGAGCCCCGUGUAAUGGUACUCCUGCUCUUUCAGUCUC